GGGGGAGGGGCAGACACAGGCAGCGAGAAGCCGUCUCGCCAGGCUCCCGCCGCCGCCGCCGCGCAAUCCGCAGCCAUCCUGCGCCCCGAGCCCCCAUCGCCCCUCCUGACUCGGCUCCCCAGGCACAGCCGGCUCCCCCCCACCACCACAGGCAGAUCGGGAGCGGCGCAGAGAAAUUUCCUUACUAGAUGACAUUUCAUCGCAAUGUCCGAUCGUUUGGGGCAAAUAACCAAGGGAAAGGAUGGGAAAAGCAAGUACUCGACUCUCAGCCUGUUUGAUAAGUAUAAAGGAAAGUCAAUAGAAGCUAUCAGAACUACAGUUAUUCCUAGACAUGGCUUGCAGAGUCUCGGGAAAGUUGCUGCUGCCCGGCGUAUGCCACCUCCUGCCAACUUGCCAAGCUUGAAGUCUGAGAACAAAGGAAACGACCCCAACGUCAUUAUCGUACCCAAGGACGGUACAGGAUGGGCAAACAAGCAGGAUCAACCAGACCAAAAGAGUUCCAGUGCGACGGCUGCACAGCCGCAGGAGUCGCUGCCGCAGCAGGGUUUGCAGAAAUCUGUCUCCAAUUUACAGAAGCCGACACAAUCGAUCAGUCAGGAGAGUACAAUUUCAGCGCCAGGUGGACCAAAGUCAUGGGCGCAGCUGAAUGGAAAGCCAGCAGGACACGAAGGUGGUUCAAGGGCCUCAAGCCGACUGUUAUCCUUCUCUCCCGAGGAAUUUCCGACGCUGAAAGCAGCAGGCGAGCAGGACAAGGUUGGCAAAGAAAAGGGCGCCUUAGAUCUGUCGUAUGGGCCAGGACCAAGCCUCCGCCCCCAGAAUGUCACUAGUUGGAGGGAGGGCGGUGGGAGGAACAUUACCUCUGCCACGUCUCUGACCGCCUCCCCUGCUGAGCCGGGCAGCAAGACCUCUAGUACCGGAGAUGGAGCCCCCUCCUCAGCGAGUGCCAGCGAUCCUAAGGAGCCCUCUCUCCGCCCAGCUCAGCCUGUCCGUAAAGGGGCAUCACAGUUCAUGGGAAAUGUGUACCAGCCACCUACAUACCAUGACAUGCUACCUGCUUUUAUGUGUCCACAACAACCACCUGAGACCCCUGCCUCGCUGGACCGUGGGUCUUUCCCUCUCCCUCAGCUUCGACUUGAGCCCCGUGUCCCUUUCAGACAAUACCAGAUGAACGACCAAGACGGGAAAGAGAACAGACUUGGGAUGUCUCGUCCAACUCGUCCACUUCGGCAGCAAGCAGAGCGGGCCCCCCGGCCCACCAUUAUCAAUGCAGAAAACCUGAAGGGUCUGGAUGACCUUGAUAAUGAUGCAGAUGAUGGCUGGGCAGGCAUUCAUGAUGAAGUGGACUACUCCGAGAAACUGAAGUUCAGUGAAGAUGAGGAAGAGGAGGAAAAUCUUAAAGAUGGAAGACAGAAAUGGAAUAGCUGGGACCCCAGAAGGCAGCGGCAGCUGUCCCUGAGCUCCGCAGACAGCGCAGAUGUCAAACACCCCCUGGAGGAAGGGAAGAACUGGGCGGAUUCAGUGGGCUUGUCCCGGGGUGUCCGCAAAGUGCAGGACCCCCCGCAGCCUCCAAGGAAGCUCAAUGGCUGGACCUCUACAUCAGAAUAUCAGAAGCCCCCAGUGGGCAGUGUCCUCAGACAGCAGUCCCUGGAAGAGAAAGAGGAGAAGGUGCCCCUGAGGCAGAAGUUUAUCCACUCGGAGAUCUCUGAGGCUGUGGAGCGAGCCAGGCGGCGACGGGAGGAGGAAGAGCGGCGAGCCAGAGAGGAACGUCUGGCAGCUUGUGCUGCCAAACUCAAGCAACUGGAUCAGAAGUGCAAGCUGGCUCAGAAAACAGGAGAGGCCCAGAAACACGUGGAGAAUGAAGAGCUGAAAACCCCCACCACGGAAAAGGCCACAGUUCAGGAGAACAGCCACGCCUUCCGAAGAGCAACUCCCGAAUUCCAUGCCCAGGAAGCCUCUGCUGGUUAUCUAGAAGAGGAAACCGCAACCACAACAGCAGCUGCCCAAAGCAGCAGUGAGGAGGAGCUCCAAGAAGCCACAUCCCCAGCACAAGAAUUCAACAAAUACCAGAAAUCGCUUCCCCCACGGUUCCAAAGACAGCAGCAGCAACAGCAGCAGGAGCACCUGUACAAGAUGCAGCACUGGCAGCAGCAGCAGGUCUAUCCUCCACCAUCCCAUUCGCACCCCCAGCGCACCUUCUAUCCACCACACCCUCAGAUGCUUGGGUUCGACCCUCGCUGGAUGAUGAUGCCUUCUUACAUGGACCCUCGCAUGGCUCAGGGCCGCACCCCUGUGGAUUUUUAUCCUUCAGCCCUUCAUCCUUCAGGAAUUAUGAAGCCCAUGAUUCAGCAGGACUCCAUUGGCGGAAGCAUCUGUAGGUCCGAGGAGCAGAAUUGUCAGACAUCUAUGCAGCAGGAAAGGAAAGCUCCUUCUCUGGACCCUGCCCCAGUGUGGGGCCAGGAGAGCUAUGCUUCUCUGCAGAGCAAGGGAUAUGCUCUCUCCCAUCAGAAACAGGUGGAGAGCGUGGCUGUGGAGGGACUGCAUGCCAGAAGCGAUAGCUCUUACUCUGCUUCAUCUGGAAGGUCAGAGGCUGUGAGCACUCAGCGGGAUCUCUUUGAGGAGAGAGGGGAGGAGUACUUAAACACCUUUGAGAAGAAAGCCCAAGCCGACUUUGACAGCUGCCUGUCAUCUCAAAGACUAGGCCAAGAUCUUUUGUUUCAGCACCAGGAGAAGGUGCAGGAUGCUUGUGUUUCUGGGAGCCGCCAUGCAAGCUUGAGGUGUUCACCCCUGGAGUCCGACUUUGUACAAGCUGAUAAGAAACCAGAGUAUAAUGGCUGGGACAUCAGCCACCAGCAGAAACCCUCGGAGGCUGCCGCAGAGGCAGAUGAAGAGGCUUCCAGGGAUGAACACUCAUUUAGUGCUGACCCCUGGAAGAAAGAAAUGACUACCAGCAAGCCACCUGUGGAAGAGACAACGGAGUGGGCUCCUGAAAACAGAAACUCUAGCACUCAGCACCAAGAGCAGAUGGGGCGGACACGGCGAUCCGGCCCAAUUAAAAAGCCAGUCCUGAAAGCCCUCAAGGUUGAGGAGAAAGAGAAGGAGCUGGAGAAGAGUAAGCUGGAAGGAGAAGGUGCCUCAUGCCCAGCAAAAGAAAAGGCCCCUGUCCACAAGGUAGAGAACGAGUCAGAAGAGCCAGCAGCCUUGCUAAACUCCACUCACUACCUCCUGGAUGACAAAGGUUCUUCCCCAACCGGCAUCACCCGAGACACCGAGAAAACUCAGGAGGAAGAGGAGGAGGACGAAGAGGAAGAAAAACCUGAAAGAGCAUGGGAGAAUAAGCUGUCCCGAGAGUCUAAUGACCUCCCUCCUACUAAACGAAACAACUGGAUCUUUAUCGAUGAGGAGCAAGCCUUUGGUGGGAGAGGCCAAGGCCGUGGGAGAGGCCGGGGCUUCCGAGAGUUCAGCUUCAGGGGCCGUGGCACUGUGGUUGGCAGCAGGGGCGUCUACAGUAACCCAAGGAGCAGCCGAGGCCGUGGCCUCCGUGAGUUCAACCAGCAGGAAGACUUCCCCAGGGGCAAACCCAGGCGCAGGAUCGCCAGCGAGACGCACAGUGAGGGGUCCGAGUACGAGGAGCUGCCCAAACGUCGCCGGCAGAGGGGAUCGGAGAACAGCAAUGAGGGCUCUGCUCUGGAGAGGGAGGAGAACGACGUGAAAAAGGGAGACUUCAAGGAGUCCUGGCGCUCCAACAAAAUCUAUUCAGAUGAUCACAACAGCCUUGACCCGAAGAUGAGGGCCCCGAGAGCCUUUGGGAGGUCGCUACCCCCAAGACUGAGCAACUCUGGGUAUGGGAGAAGAGGUUUUGCGUCCAAGGAGCCGUGUCAGUGGCAAGGGAGAAGCGGGGGAACUGUGUGGCAGGACUACAACCACAGCGCUCCAUCGGACACUUUUGGGGCCAGGCGGCAGCCUGACCGGGACUAUCUCCAGGACUCUUACAAGCACUCAGACUCCUUCCCUGGAAGGGGCUUUGAGGAGACUCCUAUUGAGGACAAAAGGCACUUUUUCCAGGAAGAUUACUCUGCCGACCCAGAGAACAUAGAGAACAGGCCGUUCAGGAGGCGGCGGCCGCCACGGCAGGACAAACCCCCCCGCUUCCGGCGUCUCAGGCAGGAGAGAGAAUCCGUGGGCCAGUGGAGCCCCGAGGAAGGGGGAACCAACCUCCUGCCCAGCCAGUGGCCCGGAAGACCCAAGCUGGCCGCGGCGGAGAAGAACGGCAUCUCUGGCCAGAGGUCUCCGGAGCUGUCCUACCAGAACUCAUCAGAUCAUGCCAACGAGGAGUGGGAGACUGCGUCUGAAAGCAGUGACUUUAGUGAGCGGCGGGAGAGGCGUGAAGGGGUGGCCGAGAGUGAAGUGCAGCUGGACGGCGGCCUGGCUGGCAGCACCCUGGGAGAGAAGAGAGAGCUGGCAAAGAGGAGCUUCUCGAGCCAGAGGCCUCUCGUGGACCGGCAGAGCCGUAAGGCGGAGUCCACAGGGUUUGGGGAGCAGUCGAUGAGGGCCAGUGGCGGGGCGGCCUCCUGCUACGAGAGCAAAAGGUCCCCGGAAGAAGGUGGGAGUCUCGGCAAUGCCAGCAGCGGAAGCAGCCACUCUGUGUACAGCCUGGAACGAGCUUCGCACACCAAUUCGGACAGCGCUGAGGGCCCAGGUAAAAAGGUGGAGAAAGAGCCCAAGUCCACGGCCCAGAGAGCAAGUGACAAGGGAGAAGCCAUGUCACAGUUCGAAUUGAAUUAUGGAAAUGCCAUCAUUGACAAUCGGGUUUCAAGCACAGCGGAGGAGAACGAAGUGGGUUCUGUGGCAGGCGAAGGCUUCAUUGAGGUCCUCACUAAGAAGCAGCGCCGUUUGCUGGAAGAGGAACGCAGGAAGAAAGAACAAGCUGCCCAGGCACCAGCCAAAGGCCGCGUCCUUCAGUCUCGUAUCCCUCCUCGAUUUGCCAAGAAGCAGAGCAGCAUGUGCCUAGAGCAAGGCGACGUAGCCGUGUCUGGAAACAGCCUGGGCACAGAAAUCUGGGAAAGCAAUAGCCCAGCUCUCUCAGUUCAGUCACCUGGCAGCGAUUCCUGGAGCAAGCCUGUGAAUGGGUUUAACGGCACAGAAACCAGCCCCACUGAGCAGGGUUUUAAAGGCAGCCAGGGGGAUAGUGGCAUUGACUUGAGCGCAGAGUCUCGGGAAUCCUCUGCUACCUCCUCUCAGCGCAGUUCUCCGUAUGGCACCCUCAAACCAGAGGAGAUGAAUGGGGCUGGCCUGGUGGACCCAAAGCCCGACUGCCAGAAGGAGCAAGUGCAGAAGCAAUCUGAUAAAAAGGAUUCAGAUCAAGGCUCAGGACAGAACAAGGAACACAAGCCCGGACCGAUCGGCAACGAACGCUCCCUGAAAAACAGAAAGGGCUCGGAGGGGACGGAACGGCUGGAAGGGAAUAUCCCUCCUGUUAAUGGGGUGGAAAUUCACGUGGAUUCUGUUCUUCCUGUGCCAUCUAUUGAAUUUGGAGUAAAUCCUAAAGACUCUGACUUCAGCCUGCCGCCUGGUUCUUCCUCCGGUACAGCAACUAACCCUGUCGCCAAACUGCACGAUGCCUUGGCUAGUAAUGCGGGGUUAACGCAGUCCAUUCCCAUCCUGCGACGAGAUCACCAUCUCCCACGGUGCAUCGGCCUGAACCCAAUGUCCUUCCCCACGGCAGACCUCACUCUGAAGAUGGAGUCUGCCCGCAAAGCCUGGGAGAAUUCCCCUAGCUUACCAGAACAGAGCUCUCCAGGAGGUGCUGGCUCGGGCAUCCAGCCGCCUUCCAGCGUCGGAGCAUCCAGUGGUGUUAGCUACAGCUCGUUUGGGGGCGUUUCCAUGCCUCCUAUGCCGGUGGCAUCUGUAGCACCUUCUGCAUCUAUUCCAGGUAACCACAUCCCACCCCUGUACCUUGACGGUCACGUGUUUGCAAGUCAGCCACGCCUGGUUCCUCAGACGAUACCUCAGCAGCAAAGCUACCAACAGGCUGCUGCUGCUCAGCAGAUUCCCAUUUCCCUUCACACAUCCUUACAAGCCCAGGCACAGCUUGGGCUCAGAGGUGGCCUGCCUGUGUCCCAGUCCCAGGAGAUCUACAGCUCCAUACAGCCCUUCAGGUCUCAGGUGUACAUGCACCCCAGUCUGUCUCAGCCCAAUACCAUGGUUCUGACGGGAGGUACAGCUCUAAAGCCUCCAUACUCCGCCUUCCCAGGCAUGCAGCCCUUGGAGAUGGUGAAAACACAGUCUGGGUCCCCUUACCAGCCAAUGAAUGGAAGCCAGACUCUGGUUUAUGAAGGCCAGAUAAAUCAGGCAGCUGGUAUGGGAGCUUCGCAGAUGAUGGACUCCCAGCUUACACAGCUAACGAUGCCUAUGCCUGGGUCCCAGCUUCCUCUGCCCCGUUACGGUUCUGGCCAGCAGCCACUGAUCUUACCACAGUCCAUCCAGCUUCCCCAGGGGCAGAAUCUGCCUGUCGGAGCACCCCGCAGGAUUCUCCCGCCUGGAUCCCAGCCUUCUGUUCUUGCAACCAGCAGGGAGUCCUCUCAAAUGGAAAUGAAAGGGUUUCAUUUCACAGAUGGCAAACAGAACAUGUCCUCCGGAGGAUCUGUACCGUCUCCACACACGUACAGGCCUAGCUCUGCCAGCCCUAGUGGGAAGCCAUCUGGACCAGCAGUCAGUAUGGGCUCCAUGCAGGGACACUAUGUGCAACAGGCAAAACAGCGAGUGGAUGAAAAUAAAACCAACCUGGGAGCAGUGAAGCUGCAAGAGGCAUCCUCCACCAACCAGAUGAAGCCGGUGCGCACGGGAGCCAUCAAACCUCAAGCGGUCAAAGUGGAGGAGAGCAAGGCGUAGGAGCGCCCGCAGUCCCCAGCUCACCCUCCUGGCUGGGGGAGGCCCUGCAGCUCAGCCCGGCGUCGUGAAAGUCUCGCCAGAUCACUCCCAUCCUACCCCGGACUGACGAAAACGACACCCUCUCUCAGCCGCUCUCCCAACAAAGCAGUUUGAAACAGUGGAUUUGACAUUGACUUGCUUGCUUUAAAAACAAACCGACCACCCAUCCCCAUGUGACUAUUGAGUGGCUCGAGCCAUCUUUUUGUUCCUACCCCCAGCCCCCACCACCUCCCUUGCAGGUAGUUCAUUUGGCAAAGCCCAGUGAUCACGUUCCCUACUUCUGUCUCAGCGGAGUGGCAACUGGGGAGGGGGCCAGGUUGAGGCUUUUCAUUUUAAAGGCAGCUGAGGUUUUUACAAAAAAAAAGCUAUAUCUUUGUUUAUAGCAAUUUUUUUAUAUGUUCUCAUUUCCCCUUUCUCUUUACCCCACCCCCAUCCCCAUAGCUUCCAGAAAAUCCCCCAGACCAAAAUCACGUGCUUGGACAGAACCCUGCUUAAUUUGGUGUUCGGUUCUGUGCUCCCUUGAGAGUUUUGACUCUCAAAUUGAGGUGUUUUGGGUGCAUUUCCCCUCCCUUCCUCCAGCAGUUUAGCCUUCCAAAUGAGCUGAUUAAGAGGCGUAAAGGACAGUUAAGGCAUUUGGUAACUUUUCAGUAUUUUUGUCUAAGCUAGAAGCAGUGCUUGCUUUAGAGGUAAAUGUGUAACAAAGGUAUAUAGUAGAUCGAUGCAUUAAUCUUGAAACUCGCACCACUUAACUGUAGCUUCAGGGUGCCCUGUAUACAACAAAUUGUGGCAUUUUCCUUUUAAGGAAAGACACCCAAUUUCUGCCACAGGCUCAUUUGGAUCUAGUUGGUUUCUGGUGGGUUGUUUCUUCCUCCCCUCGCCCUUUCCCACCCCUUGGUAACUGCCCCAUGUGCAGCAGCUCGGAAGUCACGGAUUUACAAAGCGUAAACUGUCAAAGAAUUGUGCAUGGAUCAAACGAGUUGGCGAAAGCCAACGGGUCUAUUUGGACUACUUUUUGUAGUUGUGAUGCUCUCUCUAUGCUUCCCAUCACCUCGGCUGCUCUGUUUUGUGCUCGUCCCCUGGAGCUUUCCGUUUUCUCCUCUGGGUCUUGCUCUUUCUUUUUCUGACUCCGCAGCCUUCUGCACAACUUGCCGUGGAAACAAGCUAGUGGGAAUCCCCUCCGCAUAGCAGCCACAGUACACUAGGGAAAUCCUGUUGGGUUUGGGGUUUGGGGGGGGGGGGGGGGGUUGUUGCAUUAGAAGCAUGGCUGUUUGGAAUCAUCAUCUUUGUCUUCUCUCCUUCUGAUUAAGAGAAAAUAGGUCUUUCCUUUUGGUUGAGUUGCAUACAGUCCUCAAUUUGGUAGUGCUUUUAAGGGUCCCAGUGGGAGGAAGUAAGAUUUUUGUUUUCAGGUGUUUUAUUGAUCAGAUAUGUGUGUGUGUGUGUGUGUGUGUGUGUGUGUGAGUGCAAGCGUGUGCCUGUACUACAGGACAAGUAGUUUCGGAAGAGGCUUGGGUCUUAAAGCUGACAACAGUCUUAAGUAAACUGAACCACCUCCAGCCAAGAACUGCUCAGCUCUUUUUAAAAACAAGGAGUGGACUCUUGUCACUCUGAUGUUACGGAAAGGAAAGCUUUGUUUCUGCGAUAGAUGGUAACUCGCUAACCGGCUGCUCCAGCCGCCUGGGCUAGGUGGCAGCAAAUAAUUUGCCGAUGGUUCCAAAGACAACAUUUUGAACAAAGAAUGUAUUUGGGAAGGGAUCUGAGUGAAAGGGAGAGGGUUUCGGUUUGUGCUUUUGGUUUUUGUACAAGUGAAAAUCUUUCAGAAUUUUCUAGAGGUGCAGUCAAAGUUUUAAUUAGGUGUAAAUCAGGAUGUUUCUACAAUACCUGUGACAGAACCUAGAAAUUUGAACCAACUCAAAUAUAGUGAAUGUCCCCUUUAGUCCCAGGUCAAGACCCCUGAAGGGAACAGGAUAGGAUGGUACUUCUUUUUAAUGUUUUUUUUUUUCCUUUAUUGUUUUGUGGAUUUUAACUUCACAGCAGAGUGUCAGCAUCUCUCUAGCAUCCCACAUGGGGUGAGAGUACAUGGGGUGAGAGUACAUGGGUUGAGAUUUGGCGAUGUACUUUCCAGCCUUCAAAAAUCCCCUAAACCCUCAUCUGCUCGCCUUCACUCCUGCUCCAAAUGUUUUCCAAAGAUUGCCCCACCAGGAACUCAUCCAGCCCCCUCAUCUUGGAACAUCGUGAGCAACGGAACGAUCUCAAUUUAUUUUGCGUCAUCUCCUUACCCCCGAUCCCUCCACCGCCCCUGCUCUCCCCCGGUUUUUUGCCCAGCUGGCCCAAGCUGAUAUCUGCCCAGAAUCUUAACUGUAUUGACUGAAGAGCUUAUCCAGGCCCCUCUUCUCUUUCCUUCCCACCCCUAGACACACGGUUAAUGCUUUUCAAAGACUCUAACCUCUUUCCUUCCUCAUAUGACUUUAAAGUGGUCCUGCGUGUUGGAGAAAUCAGGUUACUGCCGGACGCAAGACAUUGCGGUCCCCCUCCGGUUGUAAAUGGCAUCAGAACUACAGUACGUCCUGUUAAAAAAGGGUCACCCUUCCUUCUCUCUUUCCCCCCUCCCGACCCACCCCAAACAGAAUAAAACACUAGAAUUUAUUUAUACGUAUUUGAUGUUGUAGGUCUAGGUGAAAAAGUAAAUGUUUCACUGCUCUAUUUAUAUAUUAUGUCUGAAUUAUUCUGUGCAGGAAAGGCCAAGAAAUGCAUGUGAGCUUCAUUCUGUUCAUCACCUUUGCGUGACUCUCAGCUGCAGUUUACAAGGCUCUCUUUCACUCGGUGGAUUGUUGUCUGAUGGAAAGCAGUUUUAGAGCCCAGACUUUUAAGGUGCAAUAUCCUUCUCGGCCGCCUUUUUGUUUGUUCGUUUUGUUCAUUUAGUUUUAGACCUAGUAGGAGAGGCUAAUUCAGCGCAUGGUGCUUUUGAAAGUCAAAUGGAAAGUCUCCAUCCUCAAGGAUCAGAAAUGCAAAGGUGUCUGAUGAGAGUUGUUAGGAACUCAGUCUUGGGAGGGGGGAGGUUGGAGAUGCUGGUUUAUCAGUGAUAAUUUCCACUCGCCAUCUCCAUUGCUAAAGUGUGGGGGCCCUUUCGACUCACUCCUUUGCUGCUGGAAUUUGCUCCGACUGGAAACCAGCCGCUGAACUCCGGCUCUUGCUGCUAGGACAGACGUGCUUGAAGUGGGAGGAGGAGGUGGGAUCCAUGUUCUCAGCCACCGUGGGUCAGAGCAGAAAUAUUCAAGAGGCUGACGCUUUGCUGCCUUUUAACCACGUUCAGCUGAAGGCCCAAAGUACGUGUGUGUAAAUACUAGUGCAUUAUGCACAGUGACUGCCGGCCUGCAGAGAAAUGUUCAGUGCUUUUUCCUUCCCCUGAUUUCAGCCUUCUUUUAGCAAUUAGUUGGGGGAGGGGGAAGAGAGAGGGGAAGCUCCUGGAAAGGUGAAAGCAGCAACACUGCCAGUGAAGCAGGUAUCACCGCUGACCUUUCAUCACUCGCUCUUGGCUCUGCUGUACUGUGGUCAGUAACCCCCAAGGUGUUUGCAGCUCCUUGAAUCUCAAAUGCGCGUGUCCAUGCCGAGAGUCACUCCAUUCAGAAGAGUGCCGCAAAGCAACAAGCUGCCCUGUGGUUCCCAUGUGUCCGUGUGGGUAUGUAAAACCAGAAGUUAGCACUUCUUGGGUUUCACCUUUUUGCAGGCUACACGAUUCACCUUCUGAGCGAGCACAGCUGCAUGCCAGGGUCUGUCCUGUUACGCUGUCUUCCUUCCUUCUGUUUUGCUUCUGACGGGCUGAGCACAGACGAAAUCCUCUUUUCUUUUUUAAUGUCAGUCCCUUUGACAGGCAACCGCCCAGUUUCCUCGUCAGACUUCCUUGCGAACAAGGAAUUGACACCAACAGCAGGUAUCUAAAUCCUCUUAAACGUAGUUGUGGCCCAAAAGAGUUGAUCGAAUAAUUAAAGCAGUGGAGUUGCGACUUCAAAGAGACAGAACCAGUCCCCACGUGGUGUGUGUGGGUGUGCGUGUGUGUGGCUUUUUCCAUUUUUAAAUCCAUAGGCCACCAAGACCCCGUCGUGGCCACAACCCCGUCCUCCCCCCACCUUGGGUUUGACGAUUCAUCCUUGGCUCAAGAUGUCUGCAGUCACCGCCUGACCGGUAGCGCUGGGAAUCGCCGGUAGCAGCAGCAACGAGGCACUCACCUGCUCCCUCUGUAGCAUGUCAAGGCAUUGUCCCUAGCUGGAUCCUUUCUCUGGUUCUGUAUAAAUCGCAUUCGUUGUUUCUCAAGGGGAUAUUGUACUCCUCCAGGCUUUUAACCUCAUGACCUGUAUAGUAAAAUUUUUUUGGCCUUUCCUCUCUUUGUCUUUUCAUGUAGACCAGAUAUUUGAAAGGGCAGACGAUGGAUAAAUGUGUACCGUGCAACCUGUUUGUUAUAUUUUUUGGAAACUUCUUUCCUUGGACCGGAACUCGAAUCACGGCGUCACCAGGCCAGUCGUGGCACGCUCUUUAUCGCCCUUUUUUUCCUCGUUUUCAGUACCUAUUGUUUCUCCUUUCAAAUAUGUGAUUGUAUUAGCUCUUUCCAUAUGAAAGAAUUCUCCUUAUUUAAAUAAAAAAAAAACUUAAAAAAAAAAUAAAGCAGAUUUUGCUUUUCUCAAA